UAGUGAGUAGGUUGUCGUCACCUCCACCUUAAAAUGGAAAACCAGUUUCCAUGUUCACCCGAUAAAUUAUGUCGACACAGAAAUACCAAAAACUUCCACUUUCUCCAUAAAGAAAGCAUCGCCACAGGGAGUCCAUUACACCUCCACUUUGUGUUGUGGCUCUGUCUGCUCUUCUAGACACUAGAGUGGAAAUGGCUCUAUAUUUCAGUAGCGCGUGUUUCUCCGGAUUAAGCCUGAGGAAAUCCCAGGUGGCUCCGGUGAGAGCCAUGGCUUCGGAAAGCAGCGUUGCUGUGAGAAUUGGGGAAGAAGAGAAGGCGAAGCUUGGUGGGUCUGAGUUGAAGGUCACGAAGCUUGGGAUUGGGGCUUGGUCUUGGGGUGACACCAGUUACUGGAACAACUUUGAAUGGGAUGAUAGAAAAAUGAAGGCUGCAAAAGGUGCUUUUGAGGCUAGCAUUGAUUGUGGAAUAACAUUCAUUGAUACUGCUGAGGUUUAUGGAUCGAGGUUCUCAUUUGGGGCAAUAAAUUCUGAAACUCUACUAGGGAGAUUCAUUAAGGAAAGAAAAGAGAGGACUCCAGAUGUGGAGGUUGCUGUUGCAACCAAGUUUGCAGCACUGCCAUGGAGGCUUGGCCGGGAAAGCGUCCUUGCAGCCCUCAAGGAUUCCCUGUCCCGCCUUGAACUUUCUUCGGUAGAACUUUAUCAGCUCCACUGGCCAGGGAUAUGGGGAAAUGAAGGUUAUAUUGAUGGUUUAGGAGAUGCGGUGGAACAGGGCCUCGUGAAAGCUGUUGGGGUGUCCAACUACAGUGAAAAGCGUCUUCGAGAUGCAUACACGCAGCUUAAAAAGAGGGGGAUCCCCCUAGCUUCGAACCAAGUAAAUUAUAGUUUGAUAUACAGGUUGCCGGAGGAGAAUGGGGUAAAAGCCGCCUGUGAUGAACUAGGGAUCACGUUAAUUGCAUAUUCGCCUAUUGCUCAAGGUGCUCUUACCGGAAAGUAUACUCCAGAAAACCCUCCAACUGGUCCUCGGGGACGGAUUUACACUCCUGAAUUUUUAACCCAAUUGCAGCCGCUGAUAAACCGAAUAAAGGGGAUAGGAGAGAGCUACAGCAGAACUCCAACACAGGUGGUCCUCAACUGGUUGAUCUCCCAGGAGAACGUCGUGCCCAUCCCAGGAGCCAAAAACGCGGAGCAGGCUACAGAGUUUGCUGGUGCGCUCGGCUGGAGAUUGACCAAGGAAGAAGUCGAGGAGCUUCGAUCUUUGGCAUCAGAUAUCAAGCCUGUUAUAGGUUUUCCUGUUGAAAAACUCUAAGUUAGGGCAACUUAAGCUGGUUGGUUUAUCUCUUUAUGGUCAUUUGUGGGUUCGAGUCACAAGGCGGGGUUUACCCCGUUCAUACCUUCGGGUAGUGCCUGUGGGCUUCUCCCGUUAUCCAAAAAAAUAUGUAUCUAAAUAUAUUUUGUAAAGUUUAUUUUUUUUUUGUAAAGCUUAGGGAACUUCUAUGUUGUUCCAUGGCAUCACAUAUCGCUAUCUUGUACUUUGGUAGAAUUGUACAUUUCACUUUUUUGGCAGAAGUAAGGAGGGUAUAAUUGGCUCUUUUUAAAA